CUGCUGCUGCUGCUGCUGGGCCAAUGGCGCUGGGCGCGCGCGGAGACCUUCACGUCCAUGCUGAGCAUCCAGCAGGCGCUGGCGCCGGAGCAGGAGCUGCUGCGGAGCCUGCGCGCCUACCUCGAGGACGAGACCCGCCGGCUUAACGACCUCAGGCGAUUCUACAAGAAAAUCCAGGCCUUGCACGAAGGAGCAGGCAGUACAGUGUCCAACCCCUUAUUGGGGUACGCCCUGAUCAAGAGACUGCAGUCCGACUGGGUGAACGUAGUCUACAGCAUGGAGGCCAGUGAGAACAGCCAAGCACUGAAGAGCAGCUACCAGAGGUUGGAGGGGAACUUGCCCAUCUUUGAGGACCUGGAAGGAGCAGCCCGGGCGGUGAUGCGGCUGCAAGACGUCUACUCUCUGAGCGUGGAGGCCUUGGCCAAAGGACGCUUCCAGAGGGCCAGCAAGGCUCCCCUGCCUGACAUAUACAGCCCUGGGCAGGAUUUCUCCUUGUCAGCUGACGACUGCUUCCACAUUGGCAAGGUGGCCUAUGACAUGGAGGAUUACUACCAUUCCAUUCAGUGGCUGGAGGAAGCCGUCAGCCUCUUCCGCCUCGCCUACGGGAACUGGAACACGGAGGAUGAGGGCAGCCUUGAGGAUGCUCUCGACCACCUGGCGUUCUCCUAUUUCAAGGCAGGAAACAUUUCUCAUGCCUUAAGCCUUUCCCAAGAAUUUCUUCACUACGAUCCAAGCAACAAGAGGAUUGCAAGGAAUGUCUUGAAGUAUGAGAAGCUUUUGAUGGAAAAUCCUGAGCGGGUCGAAGAAGAGGCAGGCUUGCAGAGACCCAACGUUACUCACCUGGAGACCAGAGAUACUUACGAAACAUUGUGCCAGACUCUUGGCUCUCAGCCGACCCAGUACCAGCUGCCUCACCUCUACUGCUCGUAUGAGACCAACAGGGACCCAUUCCUCAUCCUGCAGCCGCUGAAAAGGGAAAUUGUCCACCGGCAGCCCUACGUGGCCCUCUGCCACGACUUCGUCAGCGAUUCCGAAGCUGAGAAGAUCAAGGCGCUCGCCGCUCCUUGGUUGCAGAGAUCAGUGGUCGCCUCUGGGGAAAAGCAACAGAAAGCUGACUACCGGAUAAGCAAGAGUGCCUGGUUGAAAGACAACUUGGAUCCAGUUAUUGUGGGUUUAGAUCGACGGAUCGGGGCCCUGACCGGCCUGAACGUCCAGCCCCCUUACGCAGAAUACCUACAGGUGGUAAACUAUGGAUUAGGCGGUCACUACGAGCCCCAUUUUGACCAUGCUACUUCGAGAAAAAGUCCCCUCUACAGGAUGAAAUCCGGGAACCGAAUAGCCACGCUGAUGAUCUACCUGAGUUCGGUAGAAGCUGGAGGGUCCACUGCUUUCAUCUAUGCAAACCUCAGCAUACCUGCCGUCAAGAAUGCAGCUCUCUUUUGGUGGAACCUGCACAGGAACGGGGAUCCGGAUGAAGACACCCUCCACGCCGGGUGCCCAGUGCUUGCAGGAGACAAAUGGGUGGCCAACAAGUGGUUUCACGAACACGGGCAGGAGUUCCGGAGACCGUGCGGCACCAAUCCAGCAGACUAGCGGUCCUGGGUGCUCUGUGGGGUUCAGGAGGGAC